AUGGAAGAGCAUAAGGCAACAGUCGCGACACUUGCGUCGCAAGUCAAGCAGUUCAGCGCAUCGAAGACACCGUUCCGGAUAUAUCAUGGCUCAACAUUGUCGACACGCCACUCGCCUCGCCAGCGUAAUCAGAUCAUCGAUGUCAGCUCGCUCAGCCACGUUCUGAUGUUCAAUAAGGCGGAAAGAACAGUCCUUGUUGAGCCCAACGUGCCCAUGGACAAGCUAGUAGAAGCCACACUUGCUCAAGGGCUGUUGCCAAAAGUUAUCAUCCUGGGAAACGGCGACGUUAUCUGGGCUUCUGCUGAAGAGCAUCGAGAUCUGUUCUUCACCGCAGCCGGGAGCUGUGGUAGUCUCGGAGUCAUUACACUGCUCGAGAUGGAGCUCAUCGACGCGAAGAGCUAUGUUGAGCUGGAAUACAUCCCAGUGAGCAGCAGCCAAGAGGCCGUAAAGCAACUACAACACUACCAGCACCAAACCGACGUUGCUUAUAUGGACGGAAUUCUCUACUCCCUAACAAGCGGCGUGAUCAUGAUCGGCCGCCUCACAAAUCAAAUCAGCUCUGGCAAGAUCCAACGCUUUGACCGAGCAUCAGAUCCCUGGUUCUACAUGCAUGCAGAGUCCAUCCUGAAGUCUCUCGCCCAAACGACCCAAGCGUUUGCUAGGCCCACGACCUACAAAGAAUACGUUCCUGUACAGACGUACCUCUUCCGUUACGACCGCGGCGUCUUCUGGUCCGGUCUCCGCGCCUUCAAGUACUUCGUCACGCCCUUCAAUGCCUUGACUCGGUACCUGCUCGACCCGUUCAUGUAUAGCCGCACCAUGGUCCACGCACUUCAUCGGUCUGGCAUUGCCGCACAGACAAUUAUCCAGGACUUUGCUGUACCUUACGCCUCAGCUUCAGAGUUCGUAGAGUGGACUGAUGAGAGGACCGGGAUCUGGCCACUUUGGCUCUGCCCCGUCAAGUCCGCUCCACUGGACGAACGCUCUUUCUCGCAAGGGAACAACAUCAAAGACGAUAUCAUCCUCGACGUUGGCAUCUGGGACAUGGGUCCGAAAGACAGCCACGCAUUCAUCAAGCUGAACCGCGAUUUCGAGCAGAAAGUCACGGAGCUAGGUGGUAUGAAGUGUUUGUACGCACAUGCAUACUACACGGAGCAAGAAUUCUGGGACAUCUAUGACAAGGAUAAGUAUUUGGACCUGAGAAAGAGGUACCACGCUGAGAAUCUCCCAAGCGUGUACGACAAGGUCAAGGUCGAUCUUCAAGGCGUCGCGGGUGGACAGACGGUAAAGCAGCGAGAGAACUGGAGCGAAUGGGCAUACAGGCAAUUCUGGGACACUUGGCCGCUGGGAGGAUUGUACGGAGUUGCGAGUGCGACGAAGGGAUUCCUGGUCAAGAGUGACUUUUUGUUGAAGAAGUAG